CUAAAAAAAAAAAAUGGGUGGCUUAAUUAGCUUAAAAAGCAUGACAUUUAUGAUUAUGUUUGUGUUUCUUGUGUGGUGUUCACAUAUUGAAACUUGUUGUAAAGCUGCAAAAUUGGGUAGAAAAUGGAGGCAAAGCCAAAACGACCCCGUUUUAUCACUCUCCAAGAAGGGUAAGAGUUAUAAAAAUCACGGCCACUAUAGAUACAAUCACCGCAAAGGCUCCGCCGGAAAAUCGAAGCCGAAGCCGAAAGUGCCGCCGGUGGCCGGCGGGCCCAAAGAGAGCCCUCCGCCGUCGCCGGUGAAGGGUUGUUCGAAUGUGUUUAAUGUGAUGGAUUUUGGAGCCAAAGGUGAUGGAAUUAAGGAUGAUACUAAGGCAUUCCAAGCUGCUUGGGCUGCUGCUUGCAAGGUUGAGGCCUCAUCCAUUAUUGUCCCAGGGGAAUAUGUGUUCCUUGUUGGGCCCAUUUCAUUUUCCGGCCCAUAUUGUCAACACAACAUUGUUUUCCAGCUGGACGGCACAAUAGUUGCUCCAACGGGCUCGGCCCAUUGGGAGUCGGGCCUUUUACAGUGGAUUGAGUUCACAAAAUUAGUUGGGCUUACAAUAAGGGGAAGUGGGACCAUAGAUGGAAACGGCGACGUUUGGUGGAAUAAUUCUCCGUAUUACGAUGAUCCCUUGGACGACCAAUCAAAAAUCAUCUUCCCGUCAAAUGGGACAUUUAGCCAAAAGCCCCCAGUUCCAGUAAGAAGCUCACUUGGUGCUAAAAUGCCAAGCAUAAAACCAACUGCCCUUAGAUUUUAUGGGAGUUUCAAUGUGACGGUGACAGGAAUAAGAAUUCAAAAUAGCCCACAAUGCCACCUAAAGUUCGAUAAUUGCAUUGGAGUCUCGGUAUUUGAUUUCAACGUGUCGUCGCCCGGCGACAGCCCUAACACUGACGGGAUUCACCUCCAAAACUCAAAAGAUGUGCUCAUUCGCAGCUCUAAUAUUGCUUGUGGGGACGACUGUGUAUCGAUACAAACAGGGUGCACAAAUGUAUACAUACACAAUGUCAACUGUGGGCCCGGCCACGGCAUCAGCAUAGGUGGACUUGGAAAAGACAACACCAAAGCCUGCGUUUCUAACAUUACCGUCCGUGACAUUAUCAUGCACAAUACCAUGAAUGGGGUCCGAAUAAAAACAUGGCAGGGAGGGUCUGGGUCGGUCCAGGGUGUCCAAUUCUCGAACAUCCAAGUCUCCGAAGUCCAACUCCCUAUAGUCAUCGACCAGUAUUACUGCGACAAGACCGCGUGCAAGAACCAAACGUCGGCUGUGGCUCUGUCGGGAAUCAACUAUGUCGACAUACGCGGGACCUACACGGUCAAGCCUGUGCACUUUGCUUGCAGCGACCACACACCGUGCACGGACGUGACGCUGACUGGCAUACAACUGAAGCCGCAACAAGAAAGGUAUCAUCUAUACGACCCGUUUUGCUGGCGGGCGUUCGGGCAGUUGUACUCGCCCGCGGUGCCACCGGUCGAGUGCUUGAUGGCCGGGAAGCCAUCGAGCAACAAGAUUCAAGGGGAUAGAGAUUAUUGCUAGGUGUGGUUGAUAUGUGAAUUGAUAUUAUUUCUUUGUAUGUACAAAACUUUUGAUUUUUGGUAUGUGUAGUGGGCUUGGAUUGGGUGGCCUUAUUUUUGGUACUUCUGCUAGCUAGUGAAUAUUAGUAACAAAUGUUUUGUAACAUUUGUUUAAUGUCAUAAAUUGCUCCAUUACUUUGUUCAUAGUGCUUCAAGGAUGGGUUAUUUGGUAAUUUCCAU